UCUCACAGGCGAAAAAUUGCAAUUCAAGACACAAUUGUUUCCCAUGGUCUUAUCAAAUUCUGUGAUGUUGUUGGCCUUAAUGAUGCUAAGCAAGCACUGAAAGAAGCUGUUGUUACACCACUACAAUUUCCACACUUCUUUACAGGUAAGAACUUACUUAUUUAAAUGUCUCUGAUAUGUAAAUUGCACAAUCAAUCUAGAAACAUAGGGAAUGGUUAGUGAAUAUUGCUAUUUUUGGGUUAAGCAUUUGACACAGUGGCCAUAAAUAUAUGCAUAUUGAUGUUAGGGUGUAAAGAGUUAAAAUGUUUUGAAAUUGUGGCGUUUUGUAGGGGGUCGACAGCCAUGGAGGCGAAUACUGCUGUAUGGACCACCAGGAACAGGUACUCCAGUUUAAUCUACGUCACUACUAGUCCAUCGUUUGCCACCAAUAGACCAAAAAUAAUAUCUAUUUUAAGGAGAAAAAAGAAAAUUGCAUCACUCUCUUGACAAGUCAGGUGCAAAACUGAAAAAAACUGUAAUUUGUUCUCACGUAUUUUCCCGUGCUUCAGGCGGUGUGCUUGGUUUUUCUUUGAGAUCUCCUUUGCACUAUCUCGCGUGACUAGCCAAUGUCCUCAUACUUAAGGCUCGGUUUAACUUGAUUAAGUCGAAAAGCGCUAGGGCCUGAGUACAACCAUUAGAAAAAGUUGCAUUAGUUUUAAGAUUUGUUUGAAGUCCAUGUCACAUUUUCGCUAAAAUAGGUAGUCAUUGCAGUUUAUUCAUACCGUCAUAACUAAGAGUUACUGCUUCUGUUUUUGUUUAACAGGUAAAACAAGGCUCGCGCAGGCUGUGGCUUCAGAGAUCAACUCUGUAUUUUACAGUGUGUCCAGUUCUGAUCUAGUGUCCAGUUGGGUCGGAGAGAGUGAAAAGUACGUACAGCAUAUGUUGCUAUUUGGAUGGAUGCAAUGUUCUCCUAAACCCCAUAACUCCCGUGAGUGACCAAGGCAGAAUUUCUCCUUACAAUGUUUUCUUGCGUUUUUUUGAUUGUUUGGUUUUUUGUUGUUGUAAGGCUUAUCAAGGAGCUAUUCCAAAAUGCAAGAGGCCAACAGGUUCAAUCAGUAAGUAUAAAACUUGUUUUUGUAGCGCGCGAGUCAGUACAAGGAGUCUGCUUCCUUCUUCAUACCAUUCAAGCCGAUGGAAUCUCAGUCCUGAAGUAGAGAGUUUUCGGAUUUUCUGUAAGCUUCGUUUUUAACUGAGUCUUAUCUACGAACGGAGGUGAAUCAAAGAUUAUUUUUUAAGCGAAGUUUAAACUUGAUAAAAAAAAAACUAAGACCAAUUUAGGCACAGUAAGGUGUACUUUAAGUUGCACAGUUGAAGUCCUUAUUAAAUUUUUCUUACUAAUAUCAAUUACUGCUCUGAACCACCUGUGUGUUCCUUGGACUUUUUAACGAACGUAUUGAACCAUAUUUGCCAAACAGAAAUAUUACCGAGGUUUCCAUUGGAAAAACUGACCAGGGAUGCCAUUCACACGCCGAAAGCGCGGAUUUUUCUCAUGGUUUCUGCAUCUUUAACUCCGCUAUUAUUGGCUAAUUUGUUCCCUUUCAAAUCAAAGUAGAAAUGUUCGAUGCGGCACUCAUUUUUGUUCACAUCAAAAGCCUUUUCAAGUAUUUGCUAUACUCUUUAUAUUUUCCAGGUAAUUUUUAUAGACGAAAUUGAUAGCAUCUGUAGGAAAAGAAGUUCGCGAGAAGAAGAGUACACUCGAAGAAUUAAGACUGAGUUAUUAAAACAGGUCGGUAGAUUUUGGAAAUAGAUCUUCUUAUAGUUAGGUUACUUAUCUACUAAUCAGCUGCUGACAUGUCACUCGCCUUUCGAACCACUCUGUUGACUUUUCUUGUCAGUAAAGGCCUAUAGUGUUUAUAUAAUAAACAGAGUAACACUUUGUAACUAUGGAAUUUCUCUUCCCAGUUGUGUUCAGCUCAAUAUCUGCGAGCUCGUUCGCUGUGCUCAGUUAUCGGGUUGAACACUCGAAGAGAAAUUUUGUAUCUAUGCGCGACCCAAGUGUUCUUCUAUAUUUAUUUCUAAAUUCUGUUUUUUUUCUUAUUUCUAUUAAAGAUGGAAGAGGCUGAUAACCCUGCGUCAAUGAACCAUUUCAUCUUGCUCUGUGCUACCAACUGUCCCUGGGAACUAGACUCCGCCUUCCUGAGAAGAUUCCAGAAAAGAAUAUACAUUCCAUUACCAGAUAAGUAAGAUUUUGGUUAUUCUGAAAUGAAGCACUCAAAAGCAGAGACUUGAGCAAGAAGCAUUCUAAUUUAUAAGGAACCAAGUACUCGAACUCGCGGAAAGCGAUGAACCGCGAGGUCGAAAACGAAAUACUCGUAACUCAAUCGAAAACGGAGAACCCCGAGCUCGUAAAAGAAUUACCCGAAAUCGAUCAAAAGCGAAGCCGAACCACGAGGUAUAAAGUACCCCGAAGUCGGUCGAAAACGAAGAACCACGAGCUCGAAAGCGAAAAUUCCUGAAGACACCUUUUAACUCCAAAAAAAAAAAAACGAUCGUAUUCCGAACUGAACAGAAAGAGAACUAACUACUGCUUUUGUAUUUUUUUUGUGUGUGUGUGUGUAUGUCUGGGUCGGAAAUGCAUCGAUUUGGCUGUACGAAACACCUCUAAAUUGAUGAAAAUUGCCAUGUUUGAUACAGACUGUCAAAAUUCGCAAAUAAUAAGGUGCAACGUUUUGUCGAAUUUACAGAACUCAUAAUUUCACCAUUUUAUUAGUUGUGACUCUUAACUCCUGCCCGUGGACGAGGUUACUUGCGAUAGUCACUGAUGUAUGAUAAAAAGAAUGAUCUGAGAAAUGUAUUUGUUUCUAUUUGUCUACGAGUAUUUUACAUUUCAUAAUUUUUAUCAAAGUAAGUUUCAAUUUCUAAGGGCCAGCGGUAUUUUAUUUCAUAGAGCUGCACGCAUUGCAUUAAUGAAAAUACACUUGGGAGUCACUCCUUCAUCGCUCACUGCGGAAGAUUGGUACCUACUUGGUGACAGGACAGAGGGCUUCUCGGGCAGCGAUUUGUCAAACUGCACCUCAGAUGCCAUGUUUGAACCGUUACGUGAACUUGAAAACACCUCUCGCUGGAAGAUGAACAAAGGUAAAAUGCAGGAGAUUGUAUUCUACAUUGAGAGCCCUUUUAGGUUGAAAUCAAAGUAAACACAACUGCUAAUGAGAGGAACGGAAAACAUUGGUCCAGAAGAUUCGCACCAUUUUCCAACCAAUCAGAUUUAAAAUUAAAACCACGACUUGGUCACCUGCGUUUUCCCGCGCUUCAGGCAGUUUGCGCGUUGCUACUCUGAGUUCUCAUCGGCCGCUCUUGACCUUUCUUGUCGUCUGAUUGGCUUUUAUGAUUUCUUUGGUUUUGGCACCUAAUAAAAAACGCUCCAACUAUGUUACCGAAACAUAGGACAAGUGGAAGGCAAGAAGGUGGCCCUAAACCAUAUGAUUCCAAACCUAGUAGUGCCGUUUGAUUACAUUGAUUUGUCAUCUAUUUGUUGUCUUACGUGGCCUUUAGUUGACACCUCUCCUUCUAUCAGAUUUGUUUUAUGUGCCGUGCUCUGAAAUUGAAGAAGACGUCAUACAUUCAUCCAUGAGGGAUCUUCCAUCUCAAAAAGUAUGUUUUAUGUCCUUUUUAUCAUUCAGAAGUUGCCUUAAACCUUUUACUUUACCUGUGUCUUUAAAAAUAACGUUGAGGGUAUUAAGUCCUGUAACUUAAACCCUUUUAUACCCCAAGAUCUGAUUGUCAAUUCUCCCCUAUAGCUGCUACAGAUUUCCUUGUAUAUUAGUUACGAGAAUUUGGUGUUGGAUCAGUUGUGAUCUCUUCAUUGAAGAUUAAUUGAUGAAGUUGUUUUCUCUAUCACUUCCAUCUAGAUUCAACCUCGUUCUGUGAGACUUGAUGAUUUCUUGAAAGUGUUGUCGCACAAUACAAGCACAGUUGCCGAAGAAGACUUAAAAAAAUUUGAAAAGUUUACCAUAAAUCUUGGACAGAGGGGAUAA